UUGUGUCGGGAGAGCGCACCACGAGUCCAACCUCUCCACCGCGCUCCGGAGCGCAAAGGAAAAUGCUGUAAUCUCAAAGCCUCGCUGACGCCCGCAGCAGGUUAUUGACAACAACGCCUUCACCGGAAUCACAUUUUCAUCCACAGGAGGCGUCGUCAAGCUUCGAUCAAUCAAUGAAUUUCCCCGGGAAAGUAACAAGCGUGCUCCUGCUGGUGCUCCUCGCAGCGCAAGGCUGCAUUUCAUCUAAAGGAGAGGACAGAUUGUUUCGGAGGUUGUUCCGAAGGUACAACCAGUUCAUCCGGCCGGUGGAGAAUGUAUCUGAUCCAGUCACAGUGGAGUUUGAGGUGUCCAUUUCUCAGCUGGUCAAAGUGGAUGAGGUGAAUCAGAUAAUGGAAACCAAUCUGUGGCUGAGACAUGUGUGGAAUGACUACAAACUGAAAUGGGCCCCUGUUGAAUACGAUGGAAUUGAGUUCAUACGAGUUCCUUCCAAUAAAAUUUGGAGGCCUGAUAUUGUUUUGUACAACAAUGCUGUGGGUGAUUUCCUCGUGGAAGACAAAACCAAGGCUCUGCUGAAGUUUGAUGGCACCAUCACUUGGAUUCCUCCAGCUAUUUUUAAAUCCUCGUGCCCCAUGGACAUCACCUACUUUCCCUUUGACUACCAGAACUGCUCAAUGAAGUUCGGCUCCUGGACCUACGACAAGGCCAAGAUCGACCUGGUGCUCAUUGGCUCAAAGGUGAAUCUGAAAGAUUUCUGGGAAAGCGGAGAGUGGGAGAUCAUCGACGCACCAGGAUACAAGCAUGACAUCAAGUAUAACUGCUGUGAGGAGAUCUACCCAGACAUCACCUACUCCUUCUACAUCCGCCGCCUGCCGCUCUUCUACACCAUCAACCUCAUCAUCCCCUGCCUCCUCAUCUCCUUCCUCACAGUGCUGGUCUUCUACCUCCCGUCUGACUGUGGCGAGAAGGUCACCCUCUGCAUCUCCGUCCUCCUCUCCCUCACUGUGUUCCUGCUGGUCAUCACCGAGACCAUCCCUUCGACAUCACUCGUCAUCCCACUGAUCGGCGAGUACCUCCUCUUCACCAUGAUUUUCGUCACACUCAGCAUCGUCAUCACCGUCUUUGUGCUGAACGUCCACUACCGCACCCCCAUGACUCACACGAUGCCAGAGUGGGUGAGGUCUGUGUUCCUUGGGGUGUUGCCCAGGGUGAUGCUGAUGAGGCGGCCUAUCGACCAGGGCUGCUCCUCCCCUGCUAGUGUUACAGCAGGGACAGGAGGAGGAGGAGGACGAGGAGGGAGCACUGGAGGAAAAAAGAAAAGAAAGAACAGCAUAGGAAGUAGCUCAGGAAGUAUAAUUGUUGGAGGUAUAACUGGGGGUGUCGCCUGUCCACCUCUGGAUGGUGGCACGGGUGGAGGAGGGACCUCCUCAGCAGGUGGCUCCAUGAACUGCGUGGAGCACCGCGACAUGAACCGGGAUAUCAGCAGGAGAUGCCCAUACAGAGGCAAGGAGGUACCGACACCUGUCCCUCCCCCAAUGCCCCCUCCUCCUCCUCCUCCCCAGCCACCCCAAACCCAAGGGCCCCAGGAGUCAGAGCUGCCCAAGCUGCCCAGGCCCCUGAAUGUCUCAUCGCCUGUCAAUGCUGUGGUUGCCUUCUCCGUGGUGUCACCAGAGAUCAAGCAGGCCAUCGAGAGUGUGAAGUACAUCGCAGAGAACAUGAGAACUCGCAACAAAGCCAAAGAGGUGGAGGACGACUGGAAGUAUGUUGCCAUGGUCAUCGACAGGAUCUUCCUAUGGGUUUUUGUCACAGUGUGUGUGCUGGGAACUCUGGGACUCUUCCUCCAGCCGCUCAUCAGCUUCUUCAAUUGAGACACUUGUCUUUCUCUGUCUCUUUCUCUCUCUUUUUGUCUACUUCUGUCUAACACACUUGAAUUAGUAAGGGAAUUAUCUCUCCCGCAGUUCUUUCACAUCAAACAAUAUGGGCUGUCUUCUUUCCCCAUUUCUGGCGUUUUGUCUCACCCCCCCGACUGCAUCUCUCCCGCCAUCAAUUCUAGCCGUCAGAUGUCUGUUUCCUCACAUGACUUAUCCGCAUUUCCUCGUCCCUCCCCUUUCUUGCCCCAUCAAUGUGCAUGUAAUGCUGUUAUCCAGUCUUCUCCUCUCAUUACAG